AUGAAGUACACAUUGACUCUCGCCAUUGUGGCGCUUACUUUGGACACCGCUGUCGCAUCUCCACUCAACAUAGAGGCCCGACAGCAAGGUAGCGGAGCAGGCCCAUACGCACCCGGCACAUACAAGACCGACAACUCUCUCCAGGGCCACACGAUCUACUACCCAACCAAGAACACCGGUUCCGAAAAGCUUCCUGUUCUCGUCUGGGGCAACGGAGCAUGCAGCACUGACGGCCGCUCUAACUCCGCUCUCUUGCAGAACAUUGCCAGCUAUGGCUUCCUGGCUAUCGCGGAGGGCGGUCCCAAUGGUGGAGGUUCUUCAAAUGCGCAGACCAUGAAGCAAGCCAUUGACUGGGUUACCAACAAUGCUGGAAAGGGCGCGUACGCUAAUGUCGAUGCGAGCAAGAUCAUGGCGGCAGGAUUCUCGUGUGGUGGUGUUGAGGCUAUCGACAACAUUUGGGAUAGCCGCGUUGACACAAUCGGAGUGAUCAGUUCAGGUCUGCUUUCAAACACUAGCGCAGCUAGAGACUGGAGGAAGCCCGUACUUUUUGUACUGGGUGGUCAGGGCGACAUUGCAUUCCAGAACGGCGAACGCGACUUCAAAAAUCUUGCGCAGGGUGUUCCAUCAUGGAAGGGUAACAUUCCUGUUGGCCAUGGUGGUACACUAGGUGACGCAAACGGCGGCCGAUUUGGCAAGGCCAUUCUCAACUGGAUGUUAUGGACUAUGAAGGGAAAUACGCAGGCGGCAUCUUACUUUACUAGCGGCUACCAGGCUGAUGGCUAUCAAGUUGAAACUCAUGAUUUGAACCUGUUGAAGCCAUUCUGA